AGAUUCAGACCGGACCGGCCAUGCACAACCGGCACGCCCAAAAAAGCACAAACCUUUCAACUCCCGGUGUUUUCAACCAUUUAACAACACAGUGUUAGAGAGAGAGAAGAGAGAGAGGGCGAGGCCUCCGACGAUUAGCCCUCUCCCCUUCGAUCGAAGCCCUAAAACCAAUUUGAAUCAAUUUUCACAAACCCUAAAACAAAGAAUCCUCAAAUCCACACUCAUUCAUCAAAGAAUCCUCAAAUCCACACUCGUUCAUUGGUCAUUCAUCAACAUCUGUCGUAUGGUUCGCUACGUCUCCCUCUCAUCAUCUCCUCUCAGAUCUCUACAUAUUGAUGCGACGACCGAAUGCUCGUGCAGUCAAUCAUAACUCCAACCACAACCACAACAUGGACUCGAUCAAGCUUCAAUUCCGAUCAAAUUUGCCCCAUCGAUCCAAUCUCUUCUCUCGAAACCCUAAAAACGCCACCGCCUUUACCAGAUCGAACAUUGUACUAUUUGCAUUCUUCGCAUUAGCCCUUGCAUUGUUCUGUUACCUGUUUGUGGCCUCCACCGGUCAUCGGAACUCUGUGAAGCGGAAAUUUGGGAUUGUGAUCGACGGUGGAAGCACGGGGAGUCGAAUUCAUGUGUUUGAGUAUGUGAUUAGGGAUAAGGUUCCGGAUUUUGAUUUUGGGAAGGAUGGGUUGGUUUCAAUGCGAGUCAACCCAGGGUUAUCCUCCUACGCGGAGGAUCCCGAAGGGGCGGGCGGGUCAUUGGCCGAGCUGUUGGAGUUCGCGAAGAAGAGGAUUCCGAAGGAGUAUUGGGGAGAUACUGUGAUUAGGCUCAUGGCGACCGCGGGGAUGAGGAUGCUGGACUUGGGUGUGCAGGAACGGAUUUUGGGGUCGUGCAGGCGGGUUCUAAGGUCAUCCGGGUUUAAAUUUCGUGAUGAUUGGGCUUCAGUUAUUACAGGUUCUGAUGAAGGCAUUUAUGCUUGGAUUGUUGCAAAUUAUGCCCUUGGCACUCUUGGAGAGGAUCCACAGCAAACAACUGGAAUUAUUGAACUUGGUGGGGCAUCUGCUCAGGUGACCUUUGUUUCAAGCGAGCCAGUGCCUCCUGAAUUUUCUUAUAUUGUUAAAUUUGGGAAUAUUACUUACAACCUCUACAGUCACAGCUUGCUUCAUUUCGGUCAGAAUGUUGCAUAUGACUUAUUACGGGAAUCACUUGUUACGAAAGGUGGAGAGUUGGCUGCUGAAUCUCUUCAGAGGAUAGAUCCUUGUACUCCUAAAGGAUAUUCAGAUGAUACGAAGUCAUGGAAUCUCUCUCCUGAUUCUUUGGCUGAAAAGAAGGGAUAUCCAUCUGCUUUGCAUCCUAAGGGUAACUUCUCGGAGUGCAGAUCUGCUGCAUUAACGCUGUUGCAGAAAGGAAAAGAAAAAUGCUCCUAUCAGCACUGCUACAUAGGAUCAACAUUCAUACCCAAGCUUCGGGGGAAGUUUUUGGCGACGGAAAACUUUUUCUAUACAUCAAAGUUCUUUGGGUUGGCCCCAACGGCAUUUAUUUCUGAUGUGAUGAGUGCUGGACAACAUUUUUGUGAAGAGGACUGGUCUAAGUUGAAAAUGAAAUAUCAUUCACUCGAUGAUGAAGUUUUGUUACAGUAUUGCUUCUCUUCGGCAUAUAUUGUGGCCCUACUUCAUGAUAGUCUUGGAAUUGCAUUGGAUGAUGAAAGGAUUGGAUUUGUUAAUCAAGUGGGUGAUAUCCCACUCGAUUGGGCAUUGGGAGCUUUCAUCUUACAGAGCACAAGUGACUUGGACAUAGAGCACCCCAACUGGAUUCCCAACAUUAUUAGAAAUGACUCGUCAACACUGCUUGUUCUUUUUGGUAUUCUAAUUAUAUUGACGUUCACCGCAUGGACUGUAUCAAAGUGGAGGAAACCGCAGUUGAAGACCAUCUAUGAUCUUGAGAAAGGGAAGUAUAUAGUUACAAGAAUCGGUAGAUCUUGAUAGAGUUUCUGUAAGAGAGAUAUCCAACCACAUUCAUUUUUCCUGGUUGGGGAGAGAGUAGGCAAGGAGCCAAAUGCCCUCUGUGCUUGUAUUCGAACCCGUUGGUUUACUUCCUUGGUCUCAGCUCCCUUCGGUAAUGCUCUUCAGUGAUACACGUAUCUUUUUAAGGUUUCACCGGAGGGGUGAGAAUGAGACUUCAGAGGUCUCCGGUGUAAAAAAAUUAUUUAUUAUUUGUAUUUAUUGGGAGUAGAUCAUACGGUAUGCCGCCAUUGUCUAAACUAUUAAUGAAGUUAGGAUGUGAAAUUACAAUGUAUGGCUGCAGAGGAAAGAUUGGGGGGAGGUGUAUUUGGUGGCCUGGAUACUUGAGUUGUGAAACCAGGGGAAAUUUUUUCACUAGUCAAAUCUAAAUUGAAAUUAUCAUUAA